CAAAGAGGCGCCCCCAUGGCCGCCACAUCUUCCGGACCUCUUUCCCAAGACGCUCCUGGCGCCUGGCGGAGCCGCGGAGAGAUAGAAAUUCAAAUCCCAUCCCGAAAUUCCCAAUCAGAAGCAACGAGCGCCCCUCCUCCCGCUCAUCCGCCUUCCUCCAUAAACUCAAAUCAGACGUAGCGAGCCUUUCCCCCACACCAAAUCCCCCCGAAUCCGGAGGAAUCCCCAGGUCGCCGGGCCCGAUGACGACGGCGGGGGAGGAGGCUGCGGCGGCCGGCGAGGAGCUGGAGCCGCUCUUCUGCUACAAGCGGGUGCAGCCCACCAUCGACUUCCGCUUCGGCGACAGCGACCUGGAGAAGGCGGACAUCUUCAAGCACUGCAACAAACGCCGCAGCCACGGUGAGUGCGAGGAGGAGGGUAAGCCUGACGAGAAGGCCGCCACUGCCAAGGCGGUGGAUGUUGACGUGGAUUGGUUGCUGCCGCCGCCGCCCAAGGCCGCGUUCAAGCCCUCUGCAGAGGAGGAUAACGCGUUGCGAGAACUGAGGUUAAAGAGACAAGAGUUGGCAAAGUGGGCUGAAUCAGUUCAUGAUAUAUUGCAAGACUUGGAUGCAACUGCCAGGACGGAAGUUGUGUCCAAGGAACAACCUGAACAAAUAAUUAUAGAUGAUGAACCUGAACCACAAGUGGAGAAAGUGAGGGAAAAGAUAGUCAUAUCGAUUCAGGACAAGAACGCCCGGCAGCAGUUUCGUGUUUUCAAGGACGAGAAGUUUGACAAGCUUCUCAAGGUGUACGCCAAGAAGGCCAAGCUCAACCCAUCCGAUCUGGCCUUUGUGUUUGAUGGUGAGAAAGUUAACCUAUCAUCAACACCUGAGGACCUUGAUCUUGAGGAUGAUGACAUGAUUGAGGUGCGCCAUAAGCGACAUUGCGGGCUAGGAGCUCUGCAGGUUGCCCUUAUAUCUGCAGUUUUAGGCAAACUCAGAUAUCUUUUGCUUUCUAAAGUUCGUUGUCCAUAUCCAUAUACCAAAGACAUGUGAGGUAAUUGUAUGUAGAUCAGCUUUUGCCCAGUUCAAGGAACCAUUGGUUCCCAUUAUCGCGUUUCAGAUACGCUGCAUCCACA